AUGGGUAAUAAAAGUGGUAAAAAGUCACGAUCAUCUACUGAACUUACACCAAAAGAAAUUGCUAUGCUUAAAGCAAAUACUAGAUUUAGUGAAAAAGAAAUUCGUGAUUGGCAUGCAGGAUUUCUACGUGAUUGUCCUAGUGGUAAACUUGACAAAAAGAAAUUCAUUGAAGUAUACAAACAAUUUUAUCCACAAGGGAAAGCUGAUUCUUUUUGCAAAUAUGCAUUUGCUACUUUCGAUGCUAAUAAUGAUGGUACUAUUGAUUUUGAUGAAUUUCUUUUGGCUAUUGCUGCUACAAGUCAAGGAGAUUUAAAUGAUCGCUUAGAAGUUGCAUUUGAAAUGUAUGAUGUAUCGGGUGAUGGACAAAUUGAUCAAAAAGAAUUGGCUAAUAUGAUCUUGGCGAUGUAUGAUCUUCUUGGUGAAACUGAUCGUAAAGGUGAUCGUGAUCCAAAGAAACGUGCUGCAGAAAUUAUUACUAAAUUAGAUGUUAGUGGUGAUAAGAAAUUAAACAAACAAGAAUUUAUUGCUGGAUGUAAAAAUGAUCCUGUUGUUCAACGUAUGCUUGCACCAAAUGCUUAA